AUAAUUCAGUCACAUUGAAAGUGAGCUGAAGACGAGACAAAGUCCUAGAGAGAGCCUCACUCCAGCGCGUCUCUGACAUUUAUGGGCUUGGCUUGCUAGAAAGCUGAAGAAGAUGAUGGCAGGAACAAAAAUCCAGCUGGUAUGCAUGCUACUCCUGGCUUUCAGCUCCUGGAGUCUGUGCUCAGAAUCGGAAGAGGAAAUGAAAGCGUUAGAAGCAGAUUUAUUGACCAAUCUGCGUACAUCAAAGAUCAGUAAAGCAAGUGUUCCUUCCUGGAAAAUGACCCUGCUGAAUGUUUGCAAUCUUGUAAAUAACCUUAACAGCCAAGCUGAGGAAACAGAAGUUUCUGAGGAGGAGCUUAUUACAAGAAGGAAAUUUCCCACUGCUUUAGAUGGCUUUAGCUUGGAGGCAAUGUUGACGAUAUACCAGCUCCAAAAAAUCUGUCACAGCAGGGCUUUUCAACACUGGGAGCUUAUUCAGGAUGAUGUUGUUGAUACUGGAAAUGACAAAAAUGAGAAGGAAGAAGUUAUCAAGAGAAAAAUCCCUUACAUCCUAAAACGGCAGCUAUAUGAGAACAAGCCUAGAAGACCAUACAUACUUAAAAGAGGUUCUUAUUAUUACUAA